UCCGGUCCGAGGCGGGGCGGGCAGCGGCGGUACCCGGCCAUGUCGGGAGACGGCGAGGAAGAUCUACCGGCCUUCGUGGCCCUGCACGGGGCCGCCCUCCGCGCUUCGGGAGUGCCGGCGCGCUACUGGGAGAGCCUGUGCCGCAAACUGCGUGGAGAGAUAUUUGAUGCUGGUGACUACUUUGGGAUAAUGCAAGUAGAAGAGGUGGAUGAAGAGGAAGAAGGCGAUGAAGAAAUGGAAGAAGAGUUAAAAAAGAAACCAAAUCCUGGAAAUGAACCUUGUUUCAAAGUUAUCGUAACAAAUGAGAAUGGACUUCAAGCCUCCAAUCCCAAUAGCAUUUUCCUCAUCGACCACGCCUGGACAUACCGUGUUGAACACGCCCGGCAGCAGCUGCUGCACGUACCCGGGUUACUGCACAGAAUGACAAACCUCAUGGGCAUCGACUUCCACGGGGAGAUCCCAGACGAGGGCAGCAUCGAGCAAGUGUUGCAGGAAAUGUGGAAAUACAAUCAGACCUACCAGCUUUCUCAAGGGACUGCAGAGGAGAAGGUUCCUGUCUGGUACAUCAUGGAUGAAUUUGGAUCACGCAUUCAGCAUUCUGAUCAGCCUAGUUUUGCAACAGCACCUCUGUUUUAUAUGCCUCAACAAAUUGCUUACACUGUUCUCUGGCCUCUGAGAGACCUUGAAACUGGGGACGAAGUGACUCGUGAUUAUGCUUAUGGAGAAACGGAUCGCUUGAUCAGGAAGUGUGUUUUGUUACCGUGGGUGCCCGCUGAGGUGUUGGAUGUCAAUUGUUUUACUCCAGAGCCAUCAGAUGAGCAUUACCAGGCUAUUUUAUCAGAAAACAAGGAAAAACUGCCCAUAGCGAUAAACCCACCGGUUUAUGACAAAGACAAAGUUUUCAAGUACGUAUCUGCAAACAAAAUGCAUUCUUACCAAGA